AUGGAAGCUCUCGACACACCAGUGUUGCAGCCCUUGCUCACUAGCCAUCACCCCCUCACCUCGUUUCCAAAAGCGAGCAUGGGUGUGAGGCAUGUGCUGAACGAUUGGACGAGGGUCUACUUCUCUAUAACCAAGGUUUGGACACUGCCGUUCAUCCCCUAA